AUGAAUGAGCAAGAGUUCCUGGCCCGCCUCCCGCCGUGGCUCAGCCACUGGCUCGGCUACCGCGCCAGCCCUCCCCAGCCCCUGCCCAAGUAUCAAAUCUGGCUGUGGUCGUUUAUCUCCGCCUUCUGCGGUCUCUGCGUCGUCCAGGCCAUCUUCAACUACUCCCACUACUUCCUGGACCGUCACGUACCGGGCAUUAUCGCCUCCUAUGGCGCCUCCGCCGUCCUCGUCUACGGCGCCAUCGAAAGCCCGCUAGCACAGCCGCGCGCCCUCAUCUUCGGCCACUUCCUGAGCGCCCUGGUCGGCCUGUGCGUGACCAAGCUGUUCAGCCUGAUGCCCGACGAGGACCGGUUCGAGUCCCUGCGCUGGCUGGCCGCGGCGCUCUCGUCGGCGCUGGCCGUCGUGGUGAUGCAGGUCACCGAGACCACCCACCCGCCCGCCGGCGCCACCGCCCUGCUCCCCGCCACCAACGAGGCCGUCUGGCAGCUCUCCUGGUACUACCUGCCCGUCGUGCUGCUCUCCUCCACCAUGCUGCUCGCCGUCGCCCUGCUGGUCAAUAACUGCCAACGCCGGUACCCCGUCUUCUGGGUUGCGCCGGUCACGCCGAGGCCGGCGUUGCCGCGGGUGGAGGCGAAGUAG